AUUCAUGGACAUUGCACAGCCAGAAUACACUGAAAAUAAUCAAAUUAUUCGACAAAUUUUUCUACCUCCUCGCCCCUUCUUAGACUCUGUUUAAGCCAUAAUUUUCAAGACACGAUAAAGAUCAUAAAGAAUAAUCCUAUUUAUUAGUUUUCAUAAAUACUCGUACAUUCCAAACGAAUCAUUUCUAUAGCCAGAACCUGUAGUUUCGCUCUUUGAACACCUGGCUUUCGAGCUGUCUUUUGAGUGCCUAAUUUAAGGCCCAGUACACAGAUCAUGUUUGGUUUAAUAAUCAGAUUAAUGUUAAUGCAUGUAUCCCAAAAUUGGGCCAUAAUUAGCCCAAAAACAAAAAACAAAAAAAGGCUAAAUCAGUUUUAAUUACUUUUUAUUUGAUAUCCAUUGGAAUAAAGGCAACCCAAUCACGAUUUGUGGACAGAUAAAAGAAUAGGAUGAUAUAUGUAUAAAAUGACUCCAUCAUUGGUAUCAUUUGGCCAUUCAUUGAUCAAUCGUUGUGGGGCCAUGCAGUCCAGGCUAAUAAUCAUCGUUCUAUAUGGAAUAUUUUUCGCUUCAACAUUCGAUUAUAAUGAUGCGGUGGUCUUCAAGUUCACAAACUUCGUCUGCGAGAGCUACAACCAGUCGUUGUUCGUGUUCAACUACUGUCGCCUGAAGGCCGUCGGUCGUAACAAAGUGAUCUUCAAUAUGAAUGGAACGCUUCUACAUUCAGCCAACAAUGUUUGGAUUCAUUCACAGAUCUUCAAAAGGGCCAACGGCUAUAGACCAUGGCUUUACGAGGUCAAAUUCGAUGCGUGUCAGUAUUUUCGAAGGCCAAAUAAUCCCCUGGUGGCCAUAGUCUAUGGGCUCUUCAAGGAGUACACCAACAUCAACCACACGUGCCCCUAUGUGGGUCCACAGAUUAUCAAGGACUUUUACCUAAGACCCGAGCUGCUGCGUGUUCCGCUGCCGACGGGGGAUUAUCUAUUGAUGAUUCGGUGGUACUUCGAAAAAAGGCUACAGUUCGAUACGAAUGUGACUUUCGUGUUCGAAGAGGAUCUCAUGAAGAGGAAUUAAACCGAAAAUGGUUGCUCCACAAGGUCGAAUAAGUCUUUAAUUAUUCGCUAUAUACAUUGUCAUUGUUCAAAAUAAUUAAAGCAUUUUAUCCUAUCACUCU